AUGGCCGACCCCAACAAUCCACAACCAGCUCGAACCCCCUCAAAACCCUCUUUUUCCUCCCAAAUCCCCGUCCGAGCCACUCCCGGCCUCUCCGUCGUACCAGCUCUCCCACGAGCCUACACCCCCGGCCCCAACGCCCGCGCAUACACCCCCGGCGCCCGCACCCCCCGCGGCCUCCUCCUUUCCGCACACAACACCCCCAACCCCAACGCGACCCCGCACGUUCGCGCCGCCUACCGCGCCAUCGACUCCCGACGCGCCGCCAUCCUUACGCCUCACCACGCGCGCCGGCGCUCGUUGCGCGAAGCCCGCGAGACCCCGCGUAAUUUCCUGCUGCAGUUAGGCAAAGUGUUGGCGCCCAAGAGUGAGAGGAUACCGAGUAGUAGUUCGAGUCCUGCUUCGGCGCUUUCUGGAUCUGCUGCUGCUGGGGGAAGACAAGAGCAAGAGGAGGGGGACACGUCGGAGGAGUUGACCUUUGACAUAUCCACGCGGAGUAGGUAUGGAGAUGAGGAUGAAGAGGAGGAGGAGUUGCCUAAGAGGCCGAGACUCAGCUUAGGUUUAGGGGCGGGGGAUGGGGAGGGCGAUGAUUGGGAAGAUGAUGAUGAGCUGCCGCAACCACAUCGGAGUGCAGGGCUUGAAGAUCUGACGGAGAACUUUACGGUGCAGAGUAUCGAGUUGCCGAGACGGGUGGAUCCGGAGAAGGACCAGCAGAGGAUGAGGGAUUCGAUGGGGCGGUUGAGUGAUUUCCCGCAACUACAACAGCAACAACAGAGUGAUGGGAUCGAUUCGGGGUUCUUUCCGCCUGCUGCAAUUGAUGAGGACGACUUCGGAAAUGCCGAGGAUAGGAUACCGGAUGAGUUCAGCAGGCUGGACUCGGACGAGACGAGGAGACGGGAGACGAUCGGUGGGGAAGGGGGGAUGGGGCUGCUGCUAGGAGCUGGAGGGAGGGAUAGUGAUUUCCACAUUGAGGUGCCGGUGGGGAUGGACGAGAGCACGUUUAUGAUUGCUUCGCCUACGAGGCAGUUUGAGAUGGGUCAAGCUGCUGAAGCGGCGGCAACAAGCGGCCAAGGUGGAGGUUUUGCGGAGUUGAUGGACCGGAGGAGCGACAGUUACGACAACAAUGACGAUGACGGAAAUGAUGUUGGACCAGCAUACGACGAUUACGAUAACGACGACGGUAUGGGUAUGGAUCUGGAUAACAACCAAGACGACCAGGGCCAGGCAGGCUCGGAUGAGGAGAUGACGAGAUUAUCAGGCUACACACCAACAGCGGCGAGGGUAUCACUUUCAGCUUCGGCGGCGCGGGAGAAACUCGGAUUGUUUCGGGAAGAGGGUGGUGAACGAGGGGGCUUCUCCAAGAUCAAAGCCACCAAAAAGAUCUCCAAACACGGCAUCGAGUACACAUCAUUGCCUCCGGCCAUGGUCAAGCGGUUGGCGCAAACAUUCGCCAAGACGAGCGGCGCGAAGGGGAACAUCUCGCCUGAAGCGCUCAAGGCAAUCAUGCAGGCUUCGGACUGGUUCUUUGAGCAGUUGGGAGAUGACUUGUCGGCGUACGCAAAGCACGCACAUCGCAAGACUAUCGAUAUGAGUGAUAUGCUUACAUUGAUGAAGAGGUAUGUUUUGGUGCUUUUGCUUUGA